UUCCCAUUCCCAUCCCAAUAGUAGCGGUGUGGGCUCGGGUGCAGCAGCGGCUGCUCCGGGGGGUCCCGUUCCUUUUCAUGUUGCAGCGGGUGUCUGUGUCCGGGUGUUUCAGUGAGCGGGUGACAGUCCGGCGGUGAUUGGCUGCCCCUUCCCAUGAGCCAUUCCAGCACUCGCACCCCGGCGGGGCUAUGUUAGAGGAGCUGCCCCCGUGCCCAGAACAUGAGGCGAAUGGCACGCAGACUGGCUCUGUCCCUGGCAGGACUUCUCUGGAUCGCUCUGAUCAUCUUCUUCUUCUUGGGGGGCAGAAGUAAGUUGGAAGCGGAGGAAUCCGAAGGGGAUCCGGCUAAGGAGGGAGACGUAGACUGGGAUGAUCUAUGGGACCAGUUUGAUGAGAGAAGAUAUUUAAAUGCCCAGAAAUGGAGACCCGGGGAAGAUCCCUACAGGCUUUAUGCUUUCAACCAGCGGGAAAGUGAGAGAAUCCCCAGCGAUCGUGCCAUUAAGGACACCAGACACUACAGAUGUACAGAAUUGCACUACCAAUCCGAUCUUCCACCUACUAGUGUUAUAAUUACCUUUCACAAUGAAGCAAGAUCCACUCUCCUGAGAACCAUUAGGAGUGUACUAAACCGAACACCUAUGCACCUAAUCCAUGAAAUCCUACUAGUGGAUGACUUCAGUGAUAACUUGGACGACUGCCGACUGCUGAGCAAGUUGCCCAAAGUGAGAUGCCUGCGCAAUGAGCAAAGAGAAGCAGGUCUGAUCCGAUCCCGGGUGAGGGGGGCAGAGGUCGCUCAGGCUACAGUGCUCACAUUCCUAGACAGUCACUGUGAAGUAAAUAAGGACUGGCUCCCACCUCUGCUGCAGAGAAUCAAGGAGGAUCCAACUCGUGUGGUCAGUCCGGUCAUAGAUAUAAUCAAUUUGGACACCUUCGCAUAUAUCGCUGCUUCUUCUGAUCUGAGAGGGGGGUUCGACUGGAGUUUGCACUUCAAGUGGGAGCAGCUUUCAAUGGAGCAAAAAGCAAGACGAUUGGACCCCACGGAGCCCAUUAAGACUCCUGUUAUAGCCGGUGGACUUUUUGUCAUUGAGAAGUCUUGGUUCAACCACCUGGGCAAGUACGACACGGCCAUGGACAUCUGGGGUGGAGAGAACUUUGAGAUCUCGUUCCGCGUGUGGAUGUGCGGCGGCAGCCUGGAAAUAAUACCCUGCAGCCGAGUGGGACACGUGUUCCGGAAGAAACAUCCCUAUAUCUUUCCAGAGGGCAACGCCAAUACUUAUAUUAAAAACACUAAGCGCACAGCUGAAGUUUGGAUGGAUGAAUUCAAAAACCAUUAUUAUGCAGCACGGCCGGCUGCUCAAGGGAGACCGUAUGGAGACAUCCAGAAGCGAUUGUUACUCAGGAGGACGCUGAAGUGCCGCUCCUUCAAAUGGUACUUGGAGAAUGUGUAUCCGGAGCUCCAGAUCCCAGCCGAAUCCUUAUCUAAAUCAGGAAUAAUCCGGCAGAGGCAGCGAUGCAUCGAGUCUCAGAAGUCAGAAGGAACUGAUCCCCCAUCUCUGAAUUUAGUCCCGUGCAGCAGCCUUAAAGGGGUUUCUUCACAAUCUCAGGAAUGGGUAUAUACUCAGGUUCAGCAGAUCAGCCAGGGGCAACUCUGCAUGUCAGUGCACACUUUAUUCCCGGGAACGCAAGUUGUACUUUUGCCCUGCAAGGAAGGAGAUGGGAAACAGAGAUGGAGCAAAGUGGCUUCCCAUAUUGAGCACAUGGCGUCUCGCUUCUGCCUGGAUACAGAUAUUAUAGGAGACACGGAGGAAAGUAGAGAAAUUGUGAUCAACCCAUGUGAGACCACGGCCAUCAGUCAGCGCUGGGAGAUGGUGCUCCACGAUUUAAACUAAGAAGACCAACAUAAAUGGGAGCCUCAAGAACCCAACAGCUUACAAUUCAAGGCAAACUCAGGCUUAGGGGGAAAAGAAGGAGAAUCCAGAAUGGAAGCAGUAGAUAAAAUAACCAACUAGCAAUUCACACGCUUUCUCGCUGGGUUCUACAGAAAGUUCUGAUGAUGUUCCCAUGUCACUGAGGCAAUGAAAAUGGGAUAAAUAUGUCUCCGCUUGGCAGGACAGAAGCACACGAUUAGUAGGAUAAGGCAGCAGAAAUCAGCACAAAGGGUUAAAGCAGUCUAUGCUCAUUUAUUGACCUCCUUUACCCUCAUCAUUCCCAGAAUGGAGUUACUUUUCUAAUCUGUAGUUUCUGUAGCCAAAAGUCUGUAGUUUAUUUUGGAA